GGUAUUCUAGAAAUCUGUUGAAACUGAUAUUUUUCAUCUGGCGGAAUUGGUAGCCUCGAACAUCCCAAGGCAUGGUCAAAUUUCAUCCAUCUUCUGCAAUUCAUCUCCAUUUCUAUCUACACCAUGUUCUUAAUUCUCAGCUUUAUUUCUCCUUAUUUUAAUUUCUCAUUUGGGAUUCAUAACAUCGAGAUGAGGAAUUGGGUUCAAAGCCAAGGUCACCAUUCGGAAAUACUUUUUCACCACCAUAGUGAAAGUUCUCUCUCUUUCUCCAGCCGAAGAAAUUUUUCACGCCAUAGUGAUUUGUAAAAGGAGUUUGCAUGAGACUAGAAAAUGAUGGCUCUGAAGACUUUGUUGCUUCUUCUUCUUUUGAAUGUGAUCUCCUUUGUGGUGGUAAAUGAGCUCUCUUUGCAUUUUAGACUCCUUACAUUCUGUGAUUAUAACUUUUAAAUCACAUUCUUCUCUUAUUUUGGGCUUGGUUUAUAUCGCAUGCAUAUUGCAAAUCCACCAACAUGUCCAGCUGGUCUUGAUAAGGAAUGUGGUGAUUCAGGUGAAUAGAACGGCGAAUUCUUUCUUGAGAUUACCAACAUUAGUAUGAGGUAGCUAGAGCUAUGACCAUUUUGCCCAUCUUAUGUUCAUCUGUUUCACCUAGAAUGUAGAACUAGGAAACUUUUAUUAUCUUAAUGACCAUCACACCCUAAAUCUUGGUUAAGUUUAUGAGUCUCUUUGUUACUUCGUUAAUCUUAAAUUAACAAUGUCUAAAAUCUAUUUGUUAUGGAGGUUUAAUCAUAAUGUCUCAGUUUGGCUUCAUAACGUACCUUGGGGCAGGGGGUGGGGGGGGUGAGGGUGAAGAUGCCAUGGCAGCCCCUGAUGCCAAGGUAAAAUCAUUAGAUCACUGAAUCUAUUGUUUGUUCCUUUUGGCCUUUUUAGUUUUGCUGUGCUGCAAGCUUUUAUCAUUACCAAACGAAAUUAGCACAUUACAUGUUGCUUCCCCUCCUGGUUUAUUCUACAUUGGAUCAACCCUCAACAAUUUACUCCUGGUUUGCCCUUGCAAGUUGAUGCAAAAACAAUUGAGAAAAGUUAAUUUUUGUAUUCACCUGUAUGAUUUUAAUAACAUUACCAAGUGAACAUAAGCUCAGUAAAAAAAAAAAGAAAAAAGAAAACCAGCCAUUGAAUAUUUGAUGCAUGUGUUCAAAACCAAAUCUAGGAAUUACUUGAGUGGCCAUGUCGAGAUUGGCAUUCAAUGCCCUUUGCUUUCUUGGAAGAAUUCAGGUGAAGGGAUAUCUUAAGAGAAGAUUAGGUAGAGGCCCAUCUUUACUGGUUUCAGGGGAGGCAUUUGUGGGAAUAUAAAGUAUUGAGAACCAUGUUCUCACUUGCAUGACUUUCUCACUAAAUUGAGAUUUUUAUGAACAUCGUGCUUAAUAAUGCAUGCAUAUUUUCUCUUCCCUUUCUAUUUUUUUGCACACUAUAAAUGCAUGAACUGUGUUAGGCCAGAGCGCGCUAUGCUCAAGAUGAAGAAUGAGAGUUAUCAUGUGGUCUCAUGCACAAAAAUUGGUUGUUUUGGAGCCUAACAAUUGCAUUUUUUCACUGGAUCAAAGUUUUUGUGUCAUUAUGAGCAUAAAUGACCAUUUGAGUUCUCUUUUGCACGUUGAUGUGCAGUUCUCAUAUUGCUAUCUGGACUUGAUCCUUAUUAGGGAUUACCCACAAUUACCCUUGCUAUCAUUGAUGAUUGAAUUGAAGAGUGGAAAUCAUGUCAAAUCACCAUAUGUCAUGUACCUUAAGGUGAGUCAUCAAAAUAAUAAAGAGAGAUCUUGUUUUCAUUAUAUUUUCUUCUUGACCCUUUAGCCGCUGUUGUAAGAUGUUAAAGAAUUCUCCAUUAUUGCUAAUUUUGUGGAGACAGAAUGUUUUUGACAAAAUAUAUUCAAGUUUUUUUUUUGUUUUUUGGUUUUUUUGUUGUUAUUUGCACCUUCUAUAUCUUGCAAUGAACUAUAGGUGAAGGCAUCAUCUUGGAAUAUGGUCCCCGAACUCAUGACCCAACAAAUGAAGGAAUCAUGGACUCCGAUGGCGAGGUACUGGCCAGAGGGAAAGGAACAUACAAAUGUGACCAGACGCUAAUGACCUAUGAUAAACUUCAAAUAAAUGUGGAUCAAGGUUUAGCAAUCCGAUUUUCUCCCAUAGAGGACUAAAUUUUUUAUUUCCUUUUUUCAUGAACUUCAUUUGAUAGAGAGGUUCAAGCUCCUCAUCUUUUUCUUCUCAUUGGUCCGACUUAUGUGAGCUCAUCAGCAGAAGAUGAAACUUCAACUCCAUCAUUACCAUUUGCAUUCUCAUUCUCAUCGAAUCCUUCACUUUCAGCUGCAGUUCGAUAAUUUCUCCUUCCUCUCAGAUGAGCAUUUCGAUAGCCCUGUGAUCUCUUAACAAUUGCAACUGUUGUGGCUUUAGUUGUUAACCACUUCUUACCCAAAGCUUUUGCUUGCUGUCAAGAAGUUUGGGCUAUGGAAGCUUGUAUCUAUCCAAAAAACGAACUCAUAGCGAUCAAUCUUACUUCUUCUCUUGGCCAUGUCCACUGAAUUUGUUCCAUCUUCCCAUGGCCAAUACUGAUGAGGACAUCUUUUUAUUACUGUUAUUUUGGUUAUUUUACUUAUGUUUUCUUUAUUUUAAUGGGCUUGGGCUUGGGCUUUAGCCCAUAACCUUUUUUAGGUUUACUUGUGUUUUGUUAUUUUCCUAUUUAAAUACUUGUAACGAAAUACUGAAGGGCAGUUGUUGAAGAAUUAAGAAUUGUGUGCUUGUGCAGCCGCCUCCUUCCAAUCCCCAUUUCUAUUGCUUUCGGCUUCUUCUCUUCUCCUUCUGGUUCUUCUUCUCUUCUCUUUCUGAUUCUUUCUUCUCUAUUUGCUAUUAUUCAACGCCUAUUUCUAUUCUCAUUACUACCCUACAUCAUAUUGGUAUCAAGAGCCAGUUGUAUUGUUUUCUCAAACAAUACCGAGCCACGCUGACAAAACACCUAGCGCCAUUCGUUUCAUCUCCUUCCUCCGAAAACCAGCGCCGAAAACCCACCCACCUGAGUUCCCUUCGAUCCAAGCCAAAUCAAAACCCGUCGAAGACCUUGCCGAGAACUGGGUUCUCUUCAGUGAUUCGGCCCUCUCCGAUUCUCCAUCUCGUUCUCUGUGAGCACACCGCCGGUAAGCCUCUCGACCUCCCCGUUACCUCCGUCUCACCCUCGGCCUCUCCCGAAAUACCCAGUACUGAGAUACACAGAGACUACAGGUGCAAAAAAAAAAAAGAGAAAACAGUACAGACCUCGCCGAAACCACUAGACUUGAGGCAGACGACGCCGGAAACACAGCAUCUCAGCUCCGGUUCUUCUCCCUCGACCAGACGUCUAACUCUCCUUCGGUCUUCUCCUCUCGCGCGACUUCCAGCACAGAAACAGCCGAAUGCAAAAGAAAUAAAGAAAGGGAGUCGGAGUUCCGCGCGUGACUUUUCAACGAGUGUGCACAGUUAUCAACACGAGGGAAGUUUUACUAUCUCUUUAUUUGGUUUUAUACAAUCGGUUUAUUUUUAAAAUUGUAUCAAUUGUUUUCUCUGUGCUGUGCUACCAGUAGUAAAUUUUCCAGACCCACUUGAUUGAAUCUUUUGUUAAUUUAGUUUCCGUGGUUACUUUUAUUCCCAUACUACUUGCUGCAGCCCAAUUUAGUCAACUCUUGGAUUUUAUAUUCCCAUUCUCUCAUCUUCAUAAGACCAAACUUUUGUUCUUCGUCUCUUCAUUAUCUAUUCAAAAAAAAAAAAAAAAUCCUAUGUGAUUGGAUUUUCUUGAUUAGUAUUUGGUCUUUGCUUUGUCAUUUUAAAUAUCAGCAUUAGUUGCUUGCCGUAUUUGGAUUUACGUAAUCCCAAAAAAAAAAAAAAUUGCUCAGGUUGAUAUUUUCAUUGCUUGCAUUUUUUGUUCAUUGAUCUCCAUUGCACUUCAUUUAGUGGGUGUUGCAUUGCAUGCAGUUGCGUAGUGGUCGUCUUGUCACCUCUAGUUCUAGUACCUUUACCAUGGAUCCUUCCCAAUUUGAUGCCCUCACUCGACAAUUAGCUCAACUAGCCAAUAACCAGCAACAUGUUCAAACUCAAUUAGCGGCUGUCCAAACUGAGAUGGCUGCUACUCGUGAGGAGAACAGGGACCUAGCUGCUAGGUUGAACAAUUUUGAGGAACUCCCGCAUUAGUCUGACAACUCUGAAGUGUCCCAAAAUAGACGCUAUCGUCGUCGACGAGGUGAUCGACAACAUGUCAGACAUGAUCGUGGGGGUAGGGAUUAUGAUCGUGAGCGAGGACGAGACUAUUACCGUCAGGGUACUCGGUCUCCUACUCGUCAUGAAGAGCGCUUAUUUAGAAACAUCAAGCUAGAUGCCCCUACUUUUGAUGGUUGUUUAGAUCCUCGAGUUUUUACUCAAUGGAUUAAGGAUAUGGAUCGUUACUUUACUUGGUAUGGGGUUCCUGAGGAUCGGAGAGUUGAAUUCGCUAGCUUGAAAUUAAUUGGCACUGCCCAACUCUUUUGGGAAAGUGUAGAGGAUCUUCUUGAGAGGCGUCAUGCGCUUCCUGUUGGGAGUUGGGAAGAAAUGAAACGCCGCCUUCAAGAGAAGUACUUACCCCAAUCUUAUAGGGGUAAUUUAUUGGACCAAUGGAAUGCCCUCACACAGGGCAAUCGGCCAGUGACUGAGUACGUUACUCAAUUCGAUGAGUUACGAAUGAGAUGUCAUGUAGUUGAGGAUGAGGCCAUGACUUUGAGUAGGUUUAGACAAGGCUUAAAAGAUGAUCUUAGGCGCGAGCUUGUCCUUCGGGGUGUCACUACACUUGACCAUGCUUACUCUUUAGUCCGAGACUAUGAGUCGGUUAUGAGGACUCCGUAUGUAAGGCGUGGUGACAACCGCCCUUCCAUCACCCCAGCGCCCACCCUUUCCUCUAAGUCUCUCCUAGGACCUCCACCAUCUAAUGUUUCUCCCGCAUGGGAAAAUAAGGAUAAAAGUCCUGAAACUCCAAGGACUUCCUCCCGCUUGCAGUGCUUCAAAUGUAAGGGUUUUGGCCACAUUUCUUCCAAUUGUCCUAGUCGAACCCUAGUCAUUGAGGAGCAUGAGGGUACAGUUGAUGAAUCGUUAGAAGAUCAAGUCUAUGAGCCUAAGCUUGAGGAGUUUGGUGAUUUAGGUGAUGAUGAAGAUGCCUUCUUAGGUUGCAUUCGGACCCUCCCUGUGGGUCUAGGUUCUAUGCCCUUUGUUCCCGACACACUCCGGUUAAGUGUUGUUCGUUGUACCCUUACCCAGCCCAAAGAUACUGAUGAUUGGCGUCGUCAUGCCAUUUUCCAUACUUAUAUCAAAAUCAAUGAUAAGGGUUGUAAAAUCAUUGUGGAUAGUGGUAGUUGCAUUAAUGCGGUUUCUGUGGCUACUGUGUCACGUCUUAGGUUGAAGCCAGUUCUUCACCCUCAGCCGUAUAGUGUCUCUUGGGUCGAUACUUCUUCCAUAGCUAUAAAAGAGCGUUGUUUGGUGCCCAUCCAGUUCCUAGAGUAUAAGGAUCAUAUAUGGUGUGACGUCAUUCCUAUGGAUGUCGGUCAUAUCAUUCUUGGUCGACCUUGGUUGUUUGACUUGGAUGUAACCAUCCAUGGUCGAUCCAAUUCAUGUUCCUUUGUGUUUAAUGGGAAGAAGAUUCACCUUAAUCCGUUACCUCCAAAACCUGUUGGUUUACAGCAAACAAAAAAAAUUGUGGAACGAAAAGGACUAAAUAUCAUUAGCCCUACGGAGUGUGAGCAUACACAUGUGGGUAACUAUGUUGUGUUUGUUGUGGUUGUUAUGGAGGUCCAGGACAAUCUUCGGGAUUGGGCUUUGAUCCUCCCUACCACUCACUUUGCACGUAACAUUUCUGUGAAUCGGUCUUUAGGCAUGGGUCCCUUUGAAGUCGUUCAUGGUUAUAACCCUAGGAAGCUUUUAGAUCCUAUUCUCAUGUCCCUACAUGCUAGUGUGUCUGCAUCAAUUAAGGCAUUUGUACAACAUUUUCAUGAUUCGCAUAUUGAGAUCAAUAAACAACAUGAAGCCAGUAAUGCAUCAUAUAAACUUCGAGUUGAUUUGCGUAUUGAGGAUUAUGUUGUGAUCCGAAUUAGAUUGAAACGGCGUCCACCUGGAUCCGUUCCAAAAUUGCAAGCACGUAGUGCUGGUCCUUUUAAAAUUUUAAAGCAUGUUGAUCCAAAUGCCCAUGUUAUUGAUCUUCCAUCACAUUUUGGUUGCCACUCUACUUUCAAUGCUGAGGACUUAGUUGCUUACAAGGGCCAUUUCAAUUCCUCCAAUGAUCUUUUUCUACCUCCAUUUGUGAACCUUGACCUUGACUUUGACCUUGAUCCUUUCGUUAUUCCUACUCCAAUACCAUCUAUCACAGCACACAAAGAUAAAAUUGAUGCUAUUUUAGAUGAACAGAUGGUAUUGACCAAUGAUGGAGAGGUUCAGCGUUUCCUUGUUCGCCGGGUAGAUCCCAGAGAGACACUUCAGCAGCUUGAUUCAAAUUUAUUGGAGCUCUAUCAGAGUCAGCUAGAUCUUCCCCUGCCCGGAUCACCGUCCACCCGUUCCGAGAGCGUUGAUGGGGAUACCAGAUUCAGGCCUCCUCUCAUUCGUGUUUAUGGACGUUGGAAGAAGCUUGCUCAACCACUUAGCUUAUGGUUGGAUGAUUGAUUGCAGCCUUAUUGUGUUUUGUUCACUCGACGGAGUCGAGUUUUCCCCACCCCGGGAGAGUUGAUGAGGACAUCUUUUUAUUAUUGUUAUUUUGGUUAUUUUACUUAUGUUUUCUUUAUUUUAAUGGGCUUGGGCUUGGGCUUUAGCCCAUAACCUUUUUUAGGUUUACUUGGUUUUUGUUAUUUUCCUAUUUAAAUACUUGUAACGAAAUACUGAAGGGCAGUUGUUGAAGAAUUAAGAA